CAAGAUCGCAGGAGGCGCGUCUCUCCUAAAACCCUGUAGUGGGGGCUGCAGUUGGCAGCUGUAGCCGAGGCUGCGAGAGAGGCUCCUCACCUGGGGCCGGCGGCGGCCCAGCUCGGAGGGAGGACGCGGUGGCGGCGGGGGUGGCGGUGGGACCCGCAGCCCGGGGUCGCGGCUGCAGAGCCCAGAGCGUGGGAGGAGACAGCGGUCUUAUGCCUGCGGCGGCCAAGGUUUAGGCUUCUGCCUUCAGCCCCCACUCCCGCCUCUCGCCCCAGAAAUGAGCUGGAGCAUCGCCGGUUUGAUUCCAGAGCCCGGAUCGGUAAGCAGAGCAGACCUCAGCAGCGGCAUUGUGAGGACUUAGCCGGGACCUGGAAGCGUAUCCUCCUGUGUUUUUUUCUGACUCCUUGGAAAUUAAGGAAUGCAAUUCUGCCACCAUGAUGGAAGGACUGAAAAAACGUACAAGGAAGGCCUUUGGAAUACGGAAGAAAGAGAAAGACACUGACUCUACAGGCUCCCCGGAUCGAGAUGGGAUGCAGCCCAGCCCACACGAGCCACCCUACCAUAGCAAAGCAGAGUGUGCGCGGGAAGGAGGCAAGAAAGCGUCGAAAAAAAGCAAUGGGGCACCAAAUGGAUUUUAUGCGGAAAUUGAUUGGGAAAGAUAUAACUCUCCUGAGCUGGAUGAAGAAGGUUACAGCAUCAGACCUGAAGAACCAGGCUCUACCAAAGGAAAGCACUUUUAUUCUUCAAGUGAAUCUGAAGAGGAAGAAGAAUCACACAAGAAGUUCAACAUCAAGAUUAAGCCAUUGCAGUCGAAGGACGUCCUUAAGAACGCUGCCACGGUGGAUGAGCUGAAGGCUUCGAUAGGCAACAUCGCGCUCUCCCCGUCGCCUGUGGGUGCAAUUAAAAGGAACUUAUCCAGUGAAGAAGUCGCAAGGCCCCGGCGUUCCACCCCAACUCCAGAACUUAUAAGCAAGAAGCCUCCAGAUGACACGCUGGCCCUCGCUCCUCUCUUUGGUCCACCGUUAGAAUCAGCUUUUGAUGAGCAGAAGACAGAAGUUCUUUUAGAUCAACCUGAGAUAUGGGGUUCAGGCCAACCAGUUAACCCAAGCAUGGAGUCUCCGAAGCUAGCAAGACCGUUUCCCACUGGAACGCCCCCACCUCUGCCUCCAAAAUCUGUACCAGCCACCCCACCUCGAACAGGCUCCCCCUUAACAGUGGCAACAGGAAAUGACCAGGCAGCCACAGAGGCCAAAAUUGAGAAACUACCAUCCAUCAGUGACCUGGACAGCAUUUUUGGCCCGGUGCUGUCCCCCAAGUCCGUUGCCGUUAACACUGAAGAGAAGUGGGUCCAUUUCUCUGAUGCAUCCCCGGAACAUGUUACUCCAGAGUUGACUCCAAGGGAAAAGGUGGUGACCCCACCAGCCGCAUCAGACAUCCCAGCUGACUCCCCAGCUCCAGGCCCACCCGGCCCCCCAGGCUCCGCAGGUCCCCCAGGGCCUCCUGGUCCUCGCAAUGUACCAUCUCCGCUCAAUUUAGAAGAAGUCCAGAAGAAAGUCGCUGAGCAGACCUUCAUUAAAGAUGAUUACUUAGAAACGCUCUCCUCUCCUAAAGAGUGUGGGUUGGGACAGAGAGCAACUCCACCUCCCCCACCACCACCCACCUACAGGACUGUGGUUUCGUCCCCCGGACCUGGCUCGGGCAGUGGUACGGGGCCCGCCAGUGGUGCAUCGUCUCCUGCGAGGCCAGCCACCCCCUUAGUUCCUUGCAGUACCACUCCACCUCCGCCUCCUCCCCGGCCUCCAUCCCGGCCAAAGCUACCGCCAGGAAAACCUGGAGUCGGCGAUGUGGCCAGACCCUUUAGUCCACCCAUCCACUCUUCCAGUCCUCCUCCGAUAGCUCCCUUAGCCCGGGCUGAGAGCACUUCUUCAAUAUCGUCGACCAAUUCCUUGAGCGCAGCUACCACUCCCACCGUUGUGUCGGAAGAUGAUGUUUUUUAUGACAAACUGCCCUCGUUUGAAAGGCGCUGUGACACGCCUGCAGAGAAUGAACAGCCUUCCCUCGUUUGGUUUGACAGAGGAAAGUUUUAUUUGACUUUUGAAGGUUCCUCCAGGGGACCCAGUCCUCUGACUAUGGGGGCUCAGGACACCCUCCCAGUUGCUGCAGCAUUCACAGAAACCGUCAACGCCUACUUCAAAGGAGCAGACCCGAGCAAGUGCAUCGUCAAGAUUACGGGAGAGAUGGUCUUGUCCUUCCCCGCCGGCAUCACCAGACACUUUGCCAACAACCCAUCCCCAGCCGCUCUGACUUUUCGGGUGAUAAAUUCCAGCAGGUUAGAGCACGUCCUGCCGAACCCCCAACUUCUCUGCUGUGAUAAUACACAAAAUGAUGCCAAUACCAAGGAAUUCUGGGUAAACAUGCCAAAUUUGAUGACUCACCUAAAGAAAGUCUCUGAACAAAAACCCCAGGCUACAUAUUAUAAUGUGGACAUGCUCAAAUAUCAGGUGUCUGCCCAGGGCAUUCAGUCCACACCUCUGAACUUGGCAGUGAACUGGCGGUGUGAGCCUGCGAGUACUGACCUGCGCAUAGAUUACAAAUACAACACGGACGCCAUGACCACCGCAGUGGCCCUUAACAACGUGCAGUUCCUGGUCCCCAUAGACGGAGGAGUGACCAAGCUCCAGGCUGUGCUUCCUCCAGCGGUCUGGAAUGCUGAACAACAAAGAAUAUUAUGGAAAAUUCCUGAUAUCUCCCAGAAGUCAGAAAAUGGAGGCGUAGGUUCUCUACUGGCAAGAUUUCAGUUAUCCGAAGGCCCAAGCAAACCUUCCCCAUUGGUUGUGCAGUUCACGAGUGAAGGAAGCACACUGUCUGGCUGUGACAUCGAGCUUGUUGGAGCAGGGUACCGGUUUUCACUCAUCAAGAAGAGGUUUGCCGCAGGAAAAUACUUGGCAGAUAACUAAUAAAAUCUCAUGCAAGGACUUGGAAGACCCAUGUCCUGGAGAACUGUUGUAUGAGAGACGGGUUUUAAUCUGGUUUGAUGAAAACCAACCGAUAUCUAUACUUGGGGUCCAGCAACUGGAAGGUCCUGGCUUUCAGCAGUGAUUUCCCACACACAGUCCUAUGAUGAUCAAUUCUACAGUAUUUACUUCUAGGUGUAAUAUUGUUAACGGUUUUAAAAUGUAAUUAUUGUAUUUGUAAACUGUACCUUCAUUCCAGUCAGGCACUUAGACACUUGAGUUUUAGUAAUUUCCAUUCCUGAAGCGGAUGUAAUUUAAAUUGUGGUAUGUAAAUUUAAUAGUAGUCCUGUGGAACGGCACAGUGCUUACAAAGAUAGAGUGCAUUUUGUCAAUAUAUAAAAUUUAAAUAUAAUGUUGAUAGUUAUCAUAAAGGGGGUGCCACACAUCAAGAACCUUAAAUGGAACCAGAAAAAAAAAAACUUACUUUUCUUCACUCCUUACUAUGUUUUCCUCUAGUGCUAAAGAAAACUUCUAGAUUCAGUUUAGUGGGUUAAACUCAGAAACUAUUUCAGAAAAAAAAAUUCUAAAGUUACAGCAUAUUCAAAGAGAAGCAUUAAUUACCACUUUUUAAAAAAAAGCUUUUUUUUCAAACUGCAAAUUUCAUAAAAAUGCAAACUGUGUAAACAGGGCCUCUUAUUUUUAUAACUUGUGUAAAAAGGGGAAAAGCAAUUCAUAUUUAAAGUUUAAGUAUAUUAAAUUCUAUCCAAGAGUGCAGAGGAUGUUGGAAUUUUACCUGAUCCCAUGCCCCCAUCUCUGCAGUUUAGCAGAUGUGGAGAUUGCUAAACCAUCAGAUUAAAGCCAACAUAAUUUUUAAAGUUUCAAGACUUUCUGUAGCUGAACUGGUUAAUAUUUUUGCACAAUUGCUCAGAGCAGAGGGGCUUGUCUCUUCCAGCAUCCAGGAGUACCCCGUUCCUUCUUUACUCACAAGAAUCAAAACAUUGAGAAUAUGGACCUUAGAGGGGGAAAAAAAAGUUGCCUGUUUUGAUCCAAAAAGAGAAUUUUAAACUUAUCAUGUACAUCUUUGGGGAAGGAAGAAAUAAGCUUUAUAUAUUAAAUUCUAUUAAUCUUGUUGUCCUAUGAAUAUUUUUGAAUGAUUUUAAGAUUCAUUGUAUAAAACUAUGAAUCUUUGCUGUUCUUGGGGAAUGGGAAGCACAGGGCAGUUGCCUUGAAGCUCCGUAAAUACCACAGUUCUGGGACUGGGGUGGGGGGUAUGCCCCACAGGACAGGAUCGGAGCAUUGUCCUGUGAGGUCUGAAGAUUCAGUCUUCCAGGAAGCCGCCAGUUGUUUCAACAGAGCAGUUCCUGUUCCGGACUAUCCUGCAAUUGAGUUGGGGUGUGUAGCCUUCGCUGCUGAAUUUCAUUUUGUAUUCACUCAAAUUUGACAAAGAUCUUCAGCUCCCUUCAAUUCUAAAAUCAGAUUAAAUUUUUUUAAGUCUUACUUCAACCGUGAGAUUUCAAUUGGCAGCUGUUUCUGGCGAGCUCCAUAGAUUAGUCUAUGUUCUCUUCAGUCAAUGCUUGCUAGAAGAAUGUCCAGUCCAAGAUGAUCUGUUUUACCUGGGAAUAAUUCAACUAUUCAAAAAAAAAAGAAAAAAAGAAAAGAAAAAAAAGGCUCUUCCCCAAAGCAGCCUGGCUUUGAAGGUUUAGGGUUUGGUUUUUUUUUUUUUUUUUGGUCUUUUUUUUUUUUGAACAAACUAAUUUGUUCACAAUAAGUUUGGUUUUGAAACAAAAAUAGAGAAAUAAAAUGUAAAACUUAAAUCUUAUGGAACAUGGGGAAAUGAAAAUUUAAGCCAAUGGAGGGUAAGGAGCAGAAAAAUGAAAUCUAUCUACAAUGUGAUUAUAAAAUGUUUUUAAGUAGUCAAUUCAUGGAAAAACAUCAAAUAUUAACAAGAAAGCAUAUUAAAAAUGUGUAAAUAUUACUGUUUCUCAUGUCUUUCUCUUUAUAUCUUAUUUUAUAUCGCUUUAGAAUGAAUUGCUCCUUAAAUACAUGGUGUUUCUUCCCAAAGAAUAAUUUUAUGGAUAUCGUAAAAACGUAUUUAAGAGAUAGAGAUUUGAAUAGUCUCUAACAUUAUUCAAAUGUUUCCAGGAAUCAAAUUCAAAACUGUGAAGAAAUCCUGUAAUCCCUUAAUUGACUUUGGCAAAAUGGAAUGGCAGUUGGUGAUCUCAAAAUUAAGGCUUGAAUAUUCCGAGCUUCAGUGGGGGAAUGGGUGGUUCCUUCCAGUUCAGAAACUGGGUCAAGUAGCCUAUGCCCACACCAGGAAUGGACUGGUGUCCCAACUGGUUUUAAUCUUGCAGGCUUCCAUCUCCUGUCAGAGCUGGUAUCUGCAGCACUGUGGGAUAAGAAUUCAUGUUCUGAGAUAGGGGUCCUCAUCAAGGCAAAGUUUCAGUUAACAGUAUCCAUGGAGUCAGGUUCCCUUCUGUCCAAAGAAAGUGGGUUAGCAGGUAACAGAUGGUUUGCAGGACAGCGAGCUGAAUUAAGAGCAAGUUCUGGUUAGCCACAGAGCUGUUUCCUAAAAGCGCUUGUUCUUAAGCUGAUAGGAAGUGUAAAUGUUUUAUUUUGGCCACGUAGAAAGUCUGUUUUUCCUCUUCAAAGAAAUUCCCUGUUUUUAUGAAAUUUUAAAAAAUAAAUUCCUGUUUACAUUGGUCUGAAUUUUAUCAUAAUUGGCCUUGCAAUUACUAAUCUAAAACUCCGAGUGCUACACCCACGGCUCAAAUGACCAUUCCCUGUGUGAUAUUUGGGACACAGUUUACCUGUCCGUGUGCAGAGGGUUCCGAGUGACGGGAAGGUCAAAGGGAGAUAGUAGUGCUUUUUGCUGUUCUGUAAACGUCUUCUCACUCCCAGUCUGCAAAGCCUGAGAGCCGUAGCUACGCACAUUUCCACUUUGAAGUCUCCUUCUGGAGGGAUCAAACCUACCUUAGCUACCACUGCUGUCCGCUGUGCGGGCUCAGAGGAGUCCCUGCCCCCUUCUCACCUGUAGUGUGCGACGGGAUCCGUAGGUCGCUUUCGAGCUUUUUGUAAUGGAACUUUUAUUUUUCUAAUAAUAAAACUGUUCCUGGAAUCCUAGAAAGCAGAAUGUUGCCGAGCAUUGAGGGGCUCUCCUCCAGACACUGAAACAUAGACUCACAAUACCUAAAGGGCUUCAAAGUACCUUCUGACUCUAGGGACUGGCCGUUCUGCUUUACCCAGAUAAACCACCCAGAAAUAAGAACAUGCGCAUUCACAGUGGUUCAUGGCCACGCAAUAAAAAGAGUUGUGCAGCGAGUGCACCGCAGCUGCCAGUCCCUGCAGAUAAUGCUUCGUUCAACCUCAAAAAAAAAAAAAAAAAAAAAAAAAAAAAGAGGUAAAGAUUCUUUUCAAUCCUUAUUUUCCUAAUGACGGUAUGAGGUUUAUUUCCCCAGAGCGACACCACAGGACCCAAAGAACCCCAACUGUCCUAAGCGACAGAAUGAGUACCUUGCUGUUUCAUUUGGUUAAUUUUUGGGAGAAUAAUCGAGUUGGAUGUCAAAAUAAAAGGCACUGUGAAAGGAUUACAGGUGGGCCUGAUAAAAUGUUAUUUCAAAAGAACUGAUGUCUCUCAGAGGAUGCUAUGUGGCACCCUUACUUCGAGUAAUGAUUUCAAUUGGGGCCCUGUCUCAGAACCUAGACAGACUGCAAAUGGAUACCAUCAAGUCUUUAUAAAUCUCUAGGGAUAGUACUUGGGGAUAUGUUUAUUGAUAAGCAUCCAAAAUCUGAGCAUCACGACUCUGAUAGAUCUCUAGGGCCCUUUUUACUGCUCACAAAAUAGCAGACUGGAAUAUUAAUUUCAAAGGCAAAUGCCGUUUUCCUAGUGUUUUUCCUCAAUUCAGUCUAAUAAUAGCUACUAGGGACUCUGGAGCGCUGGCCUGGAAAUUGACAUUGUUUCAUAGACUCUUGGCUUCCUAAGCAUAGAUGAGCCUCUUCCAAAAAUAAUUGUAUCAAUUUUUCCUAUGUUUGCCUUUUCUCAAAGCAAUCACAAGUUGUCAAUGAAUGUUAAAUGAUAGUAAAAUAUGCAAAUAUCCACUUGUGAGGUGUGUGUGUGUGUGUGUGUGUGUAUGUUACAGCUUUCUUUUCCCCCAAAGAGGAUGCAUUUUACAAAAUCACAGUCAGUGAAAAUGUAUACAGUUUGUCAUGGGAUAGUUUCUGUUUGGCAGCUUCUAAACACCAAAAGCAAAAUUACUAGUAAUAUCAAAGUAGGCUCAGAAUACAGCUUAGAAACUUAAUAUACGGGAGGGUGGUGUUCUUGUGACGCCCCCGGAUGUUCUCACUAACCAAGCAGUCAAAUUGUUGGCAUAAAUAAACAGCUCAGGCCGAGUGACACCUGAUGCCCCUCUCUACCAUGCUCAUGUAUCUCUUGAGCUUUGCUGGACCGUCCUCACUCCUUUGGCUUUCUGUUUGUGUUGUGUUGGCUUUGUUUGUUCCUUUGGCAAACAAUGGAGAAAGCCGUUCUCUCUCACUUAUGAGUUAAAUAUGGCUUCUCUCAUGUUUUGUGUUAAUCCAUACAAUCGUGAGAAGCGAGACAGACAUGCACCCUCUACAACUCCUUAUGUUAAAAAGGAAACAUAUGGAAAGCACUGACCUUUCUCGCCUAUCGCUGCUCAGGGACUGUGUUAUCUUCCGCAAGGCAGAAUUACAUCGUUAGGACCCAACCGAAGUAAAGUCCUUUGUGAAUGACUCAGGUUUUGGUUAGCUGAGAGGAUGAGUCAGGCUGGCCUUUCUGAUUGAUCCCAGGUUUAGUUUCUGCUUUCUAUCCUAAGCAGGCAGUGCUGCACAAAAAGAAGAGGCUUGUUGACAUGUGUCAUAAGUAUAAUAAUCUAGCCUCCAGAUUUCACUUCUGAUUUCCUUCCUUUAUUCCUGGAGCACGUUGCCUGUGCUAAAUAUACAUCGUUAGCCUCGUUAGAGAAAAGAGGUUUCAGCGCAAAGCCAAUACAGACGAAAGUGACCCCUAUUGCUGUUGUAAAGAGAAGGAAGUAUAGUAGGUUAGGAGUGCACUUAUUGGUGUUUUCCAAACCGUGUGGCUUGCGAGCCCAAGCAAGCUUUCAUUGUGUUGUGAAACACACGGUCCUUUGCCACAAUCGUCACUCUUCGGAUAUGGGCAAUAACUGUCACAGUUCAUGGAACUUAGAAUGUCGCGGAACUGGGAAGAGGGUGUUUUUAUUUAUAAGGAUACCUUGAGGAACUUCAGGAAACCUUCCUUUUAAUUCUAGUUCACAGCUCCCCUGGAGGACGUGUAAGUCAAAUAUUAUAAGAAGGAAGGGUAGGUUAAGCUUGUAGCUUUAAGGGGAUUUUGGCCAUUGGACAUGAAUUGUUAUCUGGGCUCACUAGUAUCUUUCAGUGAAUUUUAACUUUAUUGUCUAAAGAACUCUUAACCCGACAUGGAAAUAUUUUAAUUUUUUUAAGACCUGAGUCUGUGAUCAACACUUCAAGCCCCUAUUUGUUGAAAAGAUUUCAGAUUCUUGAAGUCAUUAACACUAGUGAAGAAUCUUCAGUUAUAUUUGACUAAACAGCUUCAAGAAGCCAAAUCAUGUCUGAGCGAUACUGAUAGUAUUUUUACAUGAAUUUUGGAAUUCUGUGAAACCACUUUGGUUAAGGCCAAGAGCAAUAUACCGCUUUCUCAGCAAAGUCAGAGGGCUAACCCUGAGUGUCGGGUUUUGUUUUGCCUUUUGCUUUUUUUUAAACUAAUUUUCUAACAUAAAGUCAAAUUAUAAAAUGUUCCUUUAUUUAAACUUGUUUAUACUAGACAGAAAAGACAUUUACAUCUUUUGAAUGCAAUCCAGCCUUUUGUCCAUUCAGAUCUCUGUAAGUUUCCUGCUUCAUAGACUGAGUAUAUCAUCCAUAUAUUAGCACCAACUGACUCAUUGAACUUCCAUUAACUUAUUGACAUCGUGACAUCGUUUCUGGCAAAAUGAAUGUUGAAUGUCAUUUAUUCAUCAUCACCUUAAGCUAUUUAAAAUAAUCUAUCAAAUGACUAUCUCAUAAGAUCCAAAACCUGGUAUUUUUCUUAGGGGUCCCUCGGAUGACAGUUCUUAAAGCUGCAUUGAUUCCAAGGACUGGUUUUUGAUUACUGCUUUUAAAAUGAAUAUGCAUAAAAGAGAUU